CAUAUCAGUCAUUAUCAAUCACUUUAUUUUAGCCAUGUAUUUUAUACUUCCUUUUAUAUGGCUUGUAAUUUUGAAGCCCUCAGCUGCCGUGAUCGUUCCAGGAGUAACAAUAAAAGAGCCAAAAUGCUGGUAUGUGGCCAAUCCCGGACCCUGUGAUAACUUUGUUAAAGUCUGGGGGUACGAUUACAUAACUAAUCGCUGUAUUUUCUUCUACUACGGCGGCUGUGGAGGCAAUCCAAAUCGUUUCUAUACGAAAGAAGAGUGUUUGGACACCUGUAGGGUAUACAGACCACCAAGCCGGAAGAAAAGAGAAGAUGAGCCAGAUGAAGAGGAGGAGUUUGAGGAGGACAUUGAUGACUGGGACAAGUUAGAUGAUUUUGACAAGAUGGAACUUUGAUUUCAGUUACCACAAAAGGGUAUUCAAGAAUCGCCUUUAAGGCAGAAGCUAAAGGCCUCAAGUUAACUUUUGAUUCGUUGUGCAAACGCAUAAUUUCAGUUUGAAAGAAAGAACUUCCCGUCGA